AUGGUUUUGUCAUGGACAAGAAGAACCGUUUUCCGCCGUGCUCACAAGGCAAAGGAACACCUUCCCGGCGUUGAUUUAACCGUCGAGGAGAUAAUAACCCCGGCCCAUUUCCGGUGUCCGGUGAGUCUAGACUUGAUGAAAGAUCCGGUCACUCUAUCCACCGGAAUCACCUACGACAGAGGUAGUAUCGAGAAAUGGAUUGAGUCUGGAAACAAGACAUGUCCGGUUACUAAUCAGAAGCUUACCACUUUUGAGAUCACACCGAAUCAUUCCAUAAGAAAAAUGAUUCAGAGUUGGUGUGUUGACAACAGUUCUUAUGGGAUUGAGAGGAUUCCGACUCCUCGUAUACCGGUUUCUAGCUACGAGGUUUCCGAGGUUUGUACGAGGUUGUUGUCUGCUUCUAAAAACUUGGAUGAGAAAAAAUGUGCGGAGUUUGUCGGAAAGAUUAAGGUUUGGUGGAGAGAGAGUGAGAGGAAUAAGAGGGUUAUAGUUGGAAAUGGAGCUUGUUCUGUUCUUGCAACGGUUUUUGAUUCUUUUUCAAGUGUUUCUUUUGAAAAUCAUGUUGUUGUUUUGGAGGAGAUUUUGGAGAUUUUAACAUGGAUGGUUGUUAUAACAUCUUUUGGUGAAACAAAAUCCAAACUAUGUUCAUCUUUAUCUUCUUUAGAUUGCUUGGUUUGGUUUCUAGAUGGUAAAGAUUUAGGAGCAAGACAAAAUGCUGUUUUGUUGCUUAAGGAAAUGAAUGUGGAGGAGUUAUCAAAAGUUGAAGGUGUUGUGGAAGGUUUGGUUAAGAUUAUCAAGGAACCAAUUGGGUCUAGUGCUACAAAAGCAUGUUUGACCACAAUUUUCAAGAUGGUUUCAUCAAGUAAAAAUAGAGUUGAAGUUGGAGAAAAGUUUGUUGAAUUGGGUUUGGUUUCAUUUUUGCUUGAAUCAAUAGUUGAUGGAGAGAAAGGGGUGUGUGAGAAAGCACUUGGUGUGUUGGAUUGUUUAUGUGAUUGCCAAAAAGGGAAAGAGGUUGUUAAGAUGAAUGCUUUAGCUUUACCUCUUGUGAUUAAGAAAAUCUUGAGGGUUUCUCCUUUAGCUUCUGGUUUUGCUGUUGGUGUUGUUAGGAAGAUGUGUGAGAAGAAGGAAGAAGGAGUUUUGAUUGAGGUGAUUCAACUUGGGGGUUUUCAGAAACUAUUGGUUAUGUUGCAAGUUGGGUGUGAGGAGAAGACUAAAGAGAAUGCUACUGACUUGUUGAAGAUGUUGAAUGGUUAUAGAAGCAAAGCUGAAUGUGUUGAGUCUUCAUUAGAGUUCAAGUAUCUUAAGAACUAA